AUGGCGACAAAAAUACUAACAGAGAAGGGACCGUAUAAUCAUCAACGAUCUGCCCCUAAAAUCAACAAAUCAAGGCAGAGGAUAUUAGUACAGCACAGCGAAAACCGAUAUCUUGAUUUUUGUAUUGGAUCAUGGGCUUUGCUUCGCUGCGCUCCUGCGAUAAAAAGAUUCUCUCACCUGGCGAGUACAGUGCUCGGCUUGCUGGAAUGUUCGGCGCUGGGCCCGCCUCCGCAGAUACCGCGCGGCCCUGCUUCGCGGGCACCCCGCACGGGUCUGCUAUGGCUACGCGACCUCGCAACCGCUCGCUUUCUCUGGACCAUGCUGUACUAA